AUGCUUUCGCGAUUGACUAUUCGGAGGUCUCUACAGCUCCCUCAGCGAGCAUGUGCGACUCAACGCACUUUCGCAGUUUCCGCCCGCCUUCUUGAUACCACGAACCCGAUCGCGGUCAAAUCCGAGACUACUCCCGAAACCAAGAGCGAGGAGGACUCGUUGGGGGUGGUAGAGAAUGAAGAGAGGGGCUUGACACAGGCACCGAACCGAACCGAUAUCUGGUCAAGGAGUCAAAAACCCAGGGCUGCGGCCAUGACAGGCCCGAGAUUCGAACAGACCGAUUUCUCCCUCCAACCUCAACCGAGAGCAGCUAUCGAUCUCAUCCACAAGAAGCCAGUCGAAUGGACUCAUGACCGAGUAGUAGCAUGUGACGGUGGAGGGGGCCCAGCGGGACAUCCUCGAAUCUUCAUCAACACAGACAAGCCGGAAAUUGCUACUUGUGGCUACUGUGGUUCUCCAUUUGCAAACGAACAUCACAGAGAGCACCUACAAUCACUACCGCAGACCUCGUAUCCUCUUGCAUAA